AGAUAUCAUUCACAGAUACAACUUGAAUACAUUCCCUAUAGUCUAAGUACAAUGAGUUUGUUUGAGUACAUUUCAUUAUUUGUAGCCAUUCUCUUCAUCAUAUUCUACAAUAUAUGGAGACGCAACAAAAAUGUUCUUAUACUCAAUUGGCCAAUCAUUGGCAUGCUACCAUUAGUUUUGCGUAAUCAAUCCAAUAUUCAUGAUUUUAUGACCAAAGGUUCAAAACAUUAUGGAAGCACUUUUCAUUUUAAAGGACCUUGGUUCACAAACAUGGCCAAUAUUAUCAUCACCACUGACCCUAUGAAUGUGCACCACAUCACUAGCAAGAAAUUCAGCAACUAUGGAAAAGGUACUGAUUUUCAUGAUAUUUUUGAUGUUCUUGGUGAUGGUAUUUUCAAUUUGGAUUUCGAUGAAUGGAAGCAAGAGAGGGCGCUACUUCUUUCAUUACUCAAAAAGAAAAGUUUUAUGAUAUCCCUUCAUCAAAUCAUUCAAAAGAAGUUAGAGAGCUGUCUAUUACCACUUCUUGAUCAAGCAUCUAAAGGUGAACAAAUACUUGAUUUACAAGAUAUUCUUGAAAUGUUCGCCUUCGAUAUUACUUGCACUUUGUCAUUUGGAUUUGAUCCUAAUUGCCUUCCUUGCAAUUUCAAUGAGUUAUCAGAGAUCGCUUAUGUAAAAGCUAUUUCUGUGAUUGAGGAUACAUUAUUGUAUAGGCACUGUCUUCCAAAAUGUAUUUGGAAGCUUCAAAGAUGGCUACAAAUUGGUCAAGAGAAGAAGAACAAGAUAGCUCAAAAAAAUCUUCAUGAAUUCCUGUCCAAAUGUAUAGCCAAUUCCAUAAGUGAUGAGGACAGAAGAAGAUUGAGAAGCGGUGAAGAUGUGAAUGAAAGUCAUUCAUGCUUGCUAAAGGGGCUAAUAAUAAGGGAAGGCUUGGAAAAGGAGGAAAUGCUUAAGAAUGAGAAGCAUAUUAGAGACACUACACUCAAUCUCUUGGGUGCAGGAAAUGGAACACUAAGUGCUGGUUUGAGUUGGUUGUUUUGGCUUGUUUCAACUCAUCCCAAUGUGGAAGCUAAAAUCAUUCAAGAGAUCAAAGAUAAUUGUGAAAACCAAGAGGAGGAUUUCAUCACUAACUUAAGUUUUGAAAAACUUGAUAAGCUAGUGUACCUUCAUGGAACUAUAUGUGAAACCUUGAGGCUCUAUCCUAGUAUACCUAUUGACCACAAAUGUUCAAUCAACUCUGAUAUACUACCUAGUGGAGACCAUGUUAGACCAAAUACAAAGUUAUUAUAUUCUUUGUAUGCAAUGGGAAGGAUGAAAAAAAUAUGGGGAGAUGAUUGCAUGGAAUUUAAGCCAGAGAGAUGGAUAUCAGAUAAAGGACAGAUUAUACAUGUACCAUCUUACAAGUUCAUAGCAUUCAAUUCAGGUCCAAGAAGUUGUGUUGGAAAAGAUAUUAGCUUUGUUCAAAUGAAAAUGGUUGUUUCUGCUAUGUUAUGGAAGUUUCAGAUACAUGUUGUGGAAGGUCAUUCGGUAACUCCAAGGGUUUCUAUGAUUCUUCGCAUGAAAUAUGGACUAAAGGUCAAACUCACAAAAAGAAUCAUUUGAUAUAUGUUGAGUGCUUCUCUCAACCUAUUUUCAUGCAGUUAUUAAUUAUGUUAUGGUUUAAUGUUUCUGUGGUUCUUAUUGUUAUUCAGUUAGGUUAAGUUUCUAGUUUCUGUUAUUCAGUUUGUGUUUGUUCAUUUGUAAAUUUUGAGUGUUUCUUUUAUUUUGAAAAUCCUAUGAAUCACUCGAUCAUCUUCUUUGAUUGAUUUCAUAUGGAUUUUCUGAAUUUUUCACUUAACAGUUUGAAAUUAUGAAUUUGUGA